CGAAAAAAUAUUGUAACUAACACGUAGUGUGAUGGCGACUAACGAUCUCGGCAGUGUUUAAUUCCACUCGCUCCUUUCGGUCGCUCGUGAAAUUACAAUGACUCGAUCGUUAAUCGCUGUCAUUACAUAACUACUUAGUUGGUUAAAUAACUAUUACCGACUAGUGCAACAAAUGAAAUCAUCUGUAGUUACGCAGCACAUUCCUGUCAGAUUAAUUCUCGAAAAAAAUGUGAUUACAUACACUUAUAUAAAAGCUGUCGUUUUCGAAAAUCAUUCAUUAACAAAUUCAGUAUCACCGCUCCUCCCUUGCGUCGUUUUCUUUAGAAUAUUUAUAAAAUGGCUUCAAAAAUUUCUUUCACUCUUCCAACUGGUCAAAAAAUGCCGGCCCUUGGAUACGGAACUUUCGAAACCAAAGACGAGCAAGAAGUUGAAGCAGCAAUAAAUGCAGCUUUAGAACAGGGAUAUCGUCACAUCGACACGGCUUUCGUUUACGAAAAUGAAAAACCUAUUGGUAAAGUUAUCAACCAGUGGAUAUCAUCUGGCAAACUCAAGCGAGAGGACUUGUUUAUCACCACUAAGUUGCCGAUGGUAGGAGUUCACGUAGAUCGAGUAGAAAUGUUUAUGAAGAAGUCUUUAGAAAAUCUACAACUAGAUUACGUCGACAUGUACUUAAUUCAUUUUCCUGUGGGCUACAAGUAUCAUGAAGGAGGCCCUCACAUGUUUCUUAUAGAAAAUGGAGCAGCUGUAACCGAACCGAAGACAGACCAUGCUGCUAUUUGGAAGAAAAUGGAAGAACAGGUAGAUGCAGGUCGCGCCAAAAGUAUAGGUCUAUCGAACUACAACAUCUCUCAAAUUACAACUGUUCUGCAAUCAGCGAGAAUAAAACCUGCUACCCUCCAAGUAGAAAUGCACCUUUAUUUACAGCAACGUAAUUUGCGUGAAUUUUGUAAGAAAAAUGGUAUCACAGUUGUCGCUUACAGUCCUUUGGCAAACCCAAAUUUGAACAAAUUUUUGGAAAAAAUGGGUAUCAAAUCUAAACAACUGCCGGAUAUACUAAAUAAUCCAGUAGUAGGAAAAAUUGCCCAAAAACAUAAAAAAACUGCCGCGCAAGUGGCUCUAAGAUUUCUUUUGCAGAUAGGUGUUGCUGCUAUUCCCAAAAGUGUUACGCCCAAAAGAAUCGAAGAAAAUAUAAGUAUUUUUGAUUUUAAUUUAGAUGGAAACGACAUGAAGGCUUUGCAUAAUUUGGAAGUGGGAGAAGCUGCGCGCACCGUAGAUUUUAAAGCUAUUCCAGGAGCGGAGAAACAUCCAGAUUAUCCGUUGAAACAAAAUGAAUAUUAAUAAAGGUGUCUUCAACUUUCA